GACCAUGAAAAUGUUGACAAUGAUUAGCAUAUGUCAAACUGCAAACCAUUUCAUGUGACGUUUGUUCAAACGACUGCCUUCAGUAAGCAAAAGUUAGGAUAAUACCUCAUAUUAUGUUGUUGAGCCCCCAUUGAACCGAACGUAUCAACGGUGGCAAAUGAUGUCUAAUAAACCAGAAGAUGUGAAGAAGGAUGACUGUGCUGUGUAUGUCAGACACGCCUGGAAGGCUUACAGGAAGCCACAUUAUCUGUUCACUGAUUUGGAAAUGACUAUGAUGAAAGGUACCAUAUACGCUCUGUUAGGAGCUUCAGGCUGUGGGAAAACUACACUUCUUUCUUGCAUAGUGGGAAUAAAACGCUUGAACUAUGGGGAGAUCUGGGUUUUAGGUGGUAAGCCUGGAAGCAGGGGCUCUGGAGUACCAGGAAGUCGAAUAGGGUAUAUGCCUCAAGAGCUAGCUCUGUAUGACGACUUCUCUAUAAAGGAAACCAUGUUGUAUUUUGGCUGGAUUUUUGGCCUGAAGACGAAGGAGAUCAAAGAAACAACAGAUUUUUUAGUGCAGUUACUAGAUUUACCUACUGCCAAAAGACUCGUGAGAAAUCUGAGCGGAGGUCAACAAAGGAGAGUGUCUCUAGCAGUUGCAGUAAUGCAUGCCCCAGACCUUUUGAUUCUGGAUGAGCCGACUGUUGGAGUAGAUCCAAUCCUGAGAGCCAAUAUUUGGAGCUAUAUGGUGCAAGAUGUAAAAAAAAGAAACACAAGUAUCAUCAUUACUACUCACUAUAUUGAAGAGGCCACACAAGCCCACAGGAUUGGUUUCAUGAGAGAUGGGCAGCUUAUAGCUGAAGAUUCGCCAGCUCAACUGCUGUCAGCAUAUGGUUGUAGGCAUCUAGAAGAUGUUUUCCUAAAGCUAGCUAGAGAGCAACAAACCGUUGAAGCUACACCUAAAGAUAAGCAUAUUGAAAAGAAAGCGUCUUCAAAAGGAGUAUCCGAAGGUCAAGGUUCAAAAGAUAAGGAUUACGGGUGUUGCGGUAACUUCCUCUACGACGUGAGGCACUUCACUAAUCCUAGGAGUUUCAAGGCAAUAAUGUUCAGGAACCUAUUGCGCCUAGUCAGGAACUUCCAGGCGCUGCUCUUCAUUUUUCUCCUACCAGUAAUCCAGGUAGUACUGUUCUGCUACUGCAUUGGUAACGAACCAAGAGAUCUGCCUUUAGCCAUCGCUAACAAUGAGGUAGAGUACGUGAGUCCAACAGAAACACACUGUACUCAUAAGUUGGUAUGCUCGGUAAAAAACAAUAUAACUCACAUCGACGAAGCAGAAAGUCUAAGCUGUCGCUAUUUGGAGUACCUCGAGACAUCUGACAGCGUAAAUUUAGGGUACUAUUCAAAUGUGGAUAGCUGUAGAGGAGCAGUAGAAAAUGGUGACGCGUGGGCCUGCUUGCAUUUUGAGGAAAAUUUUACACAAGCCUUGACGUUUCGGAUGCACCAUGCUAUAAGAGGACAGAAUAUUACUGAUAUCCUGCUUGAAGCGAUUUUGGAAGGGAUCACUUUGGAAGAUACUGACAUAAAGGUGUGGCUUGACCAAUCAGAUCAGCAAAUAGCAUAUGUGCUCCACAGAGAACUUCAGGAAAGCUUCAAAAAUUUUACACUUGGGAUGUUAAAAGACUGUUAUGUCCAUCCUAAUGUAGCCAAACCAGUUGUCGGCUUCCAGUCCCCACCUAUUUAUGGCACUGACAGGCCCUCUUUUAUGGAUUUUGCUGCUCCUGGAGCUCUCCUUAUAAUCGUCUUCUUUCUGGCUGUAGCAGUGACGUCAUCGGUACUGAUAACAGAGAAGCAGGAAGGACUCUUGGACAGAUCAUAUGUUGCAGGUAUUGGUCCAGCUGAAAUCCUCGUCUGUCACGUUCUGACCCAAUUCAUAAUCAUGCUGGGACAAACAGUCCUGGUUCUGAUCGUAAUGUUCGCCAUCUUCCAACUAAAGUGCAUCGGCAAUCUGGCACUCGUCGUGGCCUUGACCUUGCUCCAAGGAUUGUGCGGAAUGAGUUUCGGUUUUCUUAUCUCUGCUGUUUGCACUCAGGAAAGAGACGCUGCUCAGUUGGCGUUGGGUAGUUUCUACCCCACUUUGAUGAUCAGCGGGGUCUUAUGGCCUAUUGAGGCAUUGCCGUGGGGACUAAGAUAUUUUGCUCUACUUAUGCCUCUAACAUUGGCCACAACAGCGAUGAGGUCCAUAAUGCUGCGAGGCUGGGGCUUCGGGUGGUCGGAUGUCUACCUUGGAUUUAUAGCUACAUGCGCAUGGAUCAUGACAUUUCUGAUUAUGACAUUACUGUUUCUUAGACUCAAGAACAAAUGAUUAUUUGAUUUUACUAAUGACCCCCGGUAAUCAAAAUACGAGCCCAUAAUUCUCAUAUUAAAUUAAGAAAUUGUUCAUAAACCACCUGGUUUAGCUACAAAAACCUAUUUUCCUCAAUUGACCCCAGUCGACGUAGGCGCAAAUUCGACCAAUCGAGAAGAAGGAUUACAGCCCAUCUAGCAUUUUGUUAAAAUUUGAUAUUACCCAAGAAAAAGAUACCAACAUUUGACAAAUUUUAGUGAUUAAUUAUAUCCAUGAAUGAUGUCCUCAAAAGUUGAAUUGUCUUGAGAGUUGAAUCCUUUGUCAAAAAUUGGAAACUGCCUACCAAAUUAGCUUUGACCAAGGAGGUUAAAUUGGUUGGUUGAGAACUACAAAAACAAACUUGAAGUACUUAAUUAUUGACUUCGAAGACAAAUCGACAGGUUAUAGCUUACCAAAUAUUAACAUAAAAUAUGCCCUCAGUGGACAUAUUUGUAAGUAAAAAUUAUCUUAUUAAUGACCAAUAAAAAUUCAUUUUAAGUUUGCAACAUAGAUUGGUAAAAAACAACCCUAUUGUACAGCUUGAGAUUACAAGGAUUCUUCUGGUUACCCCCCUGCCUCUCACUGAUAUUUAAUGAAAAUUUAAGCCGGAAGAGGCCUAAAGUUAUUAAAAGAGACCCAACAUGCGCAUAGAUUACCAGCAAGCUAAAUGUAUGAGCAAAAGGAGGGACAUAGUAUGUUUCAUUUGUUGUUAAACAUAGGUCAGACAUGUGAUUUUAUAGAACAAAAUUACUACUUUCACCACAAAAUAACCUAAAUAGUUGUUUAUAUCCUUCUAAAUUACUUUGGUUUUAUUCCCCACUUUGAGAAAAAAACCAAAGCUUGGAAGUUAAAUUGAUC